CCAAAGUGCUAUCAGACCCUCGUUGUUUCCAUCGGUCCAAUCCACCAUAGGAAACCGAACAUUCACCUUGCCUAAAAUAAAAGAAUACAAAUCACCUUGCCUAAAGUAAAAGAAAACUUUUAUUCUUUCACUAGCUAGUCCUAUAAGUAGUUUAAACAAAUGUAUACAAAUUACAAUUAUCAAGAUUGAGGUUCUUAACUUGACUAGAAUUCAGCAAAAAUGGAUAAACAAUAUGCUAAAGAAACAAUGAUUACUAGAGAAGAAGGUAGGUGCAUUGGCAAUGAAAAGAUUUCUGGUAAUCAAGAUGAAUGCAACAUUACAAUUCAAGAGUCAAACUCAGAUUCUCAUGAAAUCAGUGAAAAUGAGAGACAAUGGCUAAAAUCAUUGGAGAAGAGCAGAGAGUACCCCACCAUUGGCUCAUCACAGAAGCCAAAGAUACACAUGGUCCCCAAAAUGCAUCGCGAGAUUGAAUCAAAUGUAAGAUGCUAUGAGCCCCUUGUGGUUGCUCUCGGUCCAUUUCACCAUGGAAAAUCCAAGCUUCAACCUAUGGAGAAGUACAAGGAGAUGAUGGCAAUUCAGUUUGCUGAUCAAGAAAGCACCGAACCAAAAUCUGCUGGGGUCUUAUCACGGCUUUUAACAAAAUCAGUGUCCAUUGAUGAGCUUUACAAAAAGGUGAAGAACAUUGUGCCUAAUGUCAGGGAGUGUUAUGCUCUGGACUUGAUUAAAGAUUACAGCAAUGAGGAGUUUGCACAGAUGAUGUUCCUGGAUGGCUGUUUCAUUCUCCAAUAUAUUCUCUGCCUUGUCACUGGCAAUUAUAAGAAGCUGCAAAUGAAGAGUCAUGAUAUAGCUUUCAUUCGUCGUGAUCUUUCUUACUUGAAAAUCAGCUACCUUUUGAAGUCCUGCAUGUGUUAAUGAGCUGUAGGUUCAAGAAAG